AUGGACAGGGCUUGCUCGCAAUCUAAGAACCUAGGCCUGUUGGGAAUCAACUCGCAAGCGCCUAACGAUACGAUCUCCGGAAGUUUGACGACGUCUCUACAGCCACCCAACACCUCAGAUUUUUCUGAAUCCGUAUUUCCUCAUAAUGCGAUUCUUCCAUAUGAGGAAUUGACGUUACCUUUGGAUUCUAUGCUCCCUCUUGCUGGCGAUACAUUCUACCCGGAGAGAAACGACACGGAACCGGGGGAGCUGAGUCAAGCAUAUGAUGUUCCAAGUCAGAAUCUACAGUCAGGACCUACCAAUGAUGAGUCUUCUAUUCCUCAUGAAAUCAGUGGCAAUGACUGGAGCAAUGGUGACAGUACAACUUUGGGUACCAUGCACCUUCAGGAUGAUAUUCGUUUACCCGGCUCGUUUGACUGGGUGGAACGUGGCAUGCAUCCAGCGGGAUGGAAUGACGCCUACGAUGUUCCAUGUCAAAAUCUGUCCAGAAAUUUUCGUUCUAUAAUCGAGGAAUCUGCUCUUCAGCUUCAUACCAACAACAGCAGGAGUGAAUGGAGCGAUACUGGUGGUACAAGUCUUGGUACCACGCACCCUCAUUUAAACCCAUCUCCUUUCGUUGAUCAUAACAUGCAGUUUGAGCAGCCACCCAUAGUCACUGCGCCUCAAAGAAAUCCACCGUCGCAUAGGAGACUCAGUCAUAACAUGAUGUCCCAGGCAGCAUUAUCCGCACCAGCGAGUGAAAAAAACCAAAAUAUCUUAACAUUUGAGCCAGAAGUGGUCCCAAUAAUGGGAAUACACCCUAUGGAAUCACAAGGCUAUGACACAAUAUACCCCCAAAGCCAAUCAAGCAGUGUAGGAAAGCCCAGGAAGAGAAAACGGGGGGACGAGCCGCUUCCAAGCGGCAGUGGAUCGAGGUCCCCAAAAGCCUCAAAGAAAGCGAAAGAGGAGCAGAUGAAACCGGAGAUACAAAAGAAGGGGGUCCCAGUCCAUGCGGCUCACAUCGGAGGAGAGCUGGUGGCUAAGGAUUGGAGACAGUGGAUAAAAACCGAAGACAAACCUCUAUGGCGCAUGCAAACGGCAUUUGGUGCAUUCAAUUACUCAAACUUGUACAUGUAA